GAAAUAUCUCUUCUUUAAAAAAGAAAAAAGCAAAUCAUCUUUAUUUUUUCUCUCUCUAUCUCUAGAAACUGUCAGACUUGUCCUCUAAUCCUCGAAUCUCUCUCCAUUUUCUCUUUCAUCCUGUUAGAUUUUUGGCGGUUUCAUCAUUUCUGCACUCUAGGUGUUCGACGAAUUGCUUCAAUGAAACUAAUACAAUUUUUAUUUCUACGAUUUUUUUUUUUUUUUUUUUUUUUUGUUUGUUUUUUGGAUGAGAUUUUGAUUGCAGUUUGAUCGAAGAAGAAGAUGUUAGAGGAUCAAGUAGCUUAUUUGCUGCAGAGGUAUUUAGGCAAUUAUGUUAGAGGUCUUAACAAAGACGCUCUCAAAAUCAGCGUCUGGCAAGGUAAUGUGGUGCUAACUAACAUGCAACUAAAGCCCGAGGCAUUAAAUGCAUUAAAACUGCCCAUCAAAGUUAAAGCAGGAUUCCUUGGAUCUGUCACACUCAAGGUUCCUUGGAGUAAGCUUGGCCAAGAUCCAGUGAUAGUUGAAUUAGAUGAAAUUUUUUUGUUAGCUGAACCUGCCACACAUGUUGAUGGAGACAGUGAAGAUGCUUUACAGGAGGCCAAAAGAAAUCGAAUACGUGAGAUGGAAAUGAAGUUGUUGGAAAGAGCACAACGCUUAAAGACUGAUGAAGUGAAUAAAUCUUGGUUGGGGUCACUGAUUAGCACUAUAAUCGGAAACCUGAAGCUUUCAAUUUCAAAUAUCCACAUUAGAUAUGAAGAUGGUGAAAGCAAUGCUGGUCACCCGUUUGCAGCUGGUGUUACCUUGGACAAACUUUCAGCUUUCACUGUUGAUAACAAUGGGAAUGAAACUUUUGUCACUGGGGGUGCAUUGGAUAAUAUCCAGAAGUCUGUGGAACUGGAGCGUUUAGCUUUUUAUUUCAAUUCUGAUAUGUCUCCAUGGCGUCUUGACAAACCAUGGGAGGAUUUACUUCCUUCUGAGUGGUCUCAGGUUUUUAAGUUUGGAACAAAGGAUGGAAAAGUGGCUGCUGUUCCUGUAGAUAAACAUAGUUACAUUUUGGAACCAAUAUCUGGAAAUGCCAAGUACUUAAAACUGCGGUCGUAUGAUUCUCCUGUUACCGGUCAACCUUUGCAGAAGGCAGCAGUAAAUUUGGAUGAUGUGACAAUCUGUUUAUCGAAGGAUGGUUACAGAGAUAUGCUGAAGUUAGCCGACAAUUUCACUGCUUUUAAUCAGCGUCUGAAGUAUGCGCACUAUCGCCCAGUUGUCCCAGUGAAAUCUGAUCCCAGGUCCUGGUGGAACUAUGCAUACAAUGUUGUAUCAGAUCAAUUGAAGAUGGCUAGUGGGAAACUAUCUUGGGAUCGAGUGCUGAGGUUUGCGAGGUUAAGGAAGAAGUAUAUAUCUUUGUAUGCUUCUUUACUGAAAUCCAAUCCAAGUCAGGCGGUGAUUGAUGACAGUAAAGAAAUUGAAAAACUAGAUCUUGAACUUGAUAUUGAUCUCAUUGUGCAGUGGAGGAUGGUUGCUCACAGGUUUGUGGAGCAGUCCAUAGAGUCAGACCUGAGGAAACAACGAGAAAAAAAAUCAUGGUGGUCAUUUGGGUGGGGUGGUGGUGAGUCAUCUCAAGCUGAGACUGAAACCUUACAGUUCACUGAUGAAGAUUGGGAGCGCUUGAAUAAAAUCAUAAGAUACAAGGAAAGCGAUGUUGGACAAGUUUUUGAUGUGAAAAAGGAUGUUAUACAUACUGCAUUUGAACUCUACAUGAGACGUAAUGCAUCAAAGUUGAUUGAUGCCGAUGGAUGUGUCGCUGAAUUGUCGUGUGAGAGCCUAAAGUGCUCUGGUAGUCUGUAUGCAGAAGCAAAAAAUUUUGAUCUGAAGUUAGGCUCAUAUCGUCUGACAUCACCACAAGGAAUUCUUGCUGAGAGUGCUACAGCUCAUGAUUCUCUAGCCGGCACAUUUGUUUACAAGCCUUUUGAUGUGGAGGUUGAUUGGAGUUUCAUCGCUAAAGCUUCUCCCUGUUAUGUGACUUAUCUUAAAGACUCCGUCGAUCAGAUUGUGAAGUUUUUUGAGAGCACCACUGUCAGUCAGACACUAGCUGUAGAGACCGCAGCCGCUGUACAGAUGACUAUUGAUGAAAUGAAAAAGACUGCACAAGAGCAAAUGUCCAGGGCUUUGAGAAAUCAAAGCAGGUUUAUGCUCGACCUGGAUAUUGCUGCUCCCAAGAUUACUCUUCCUACUGAGUUUUGUCCAGAUGGUGAUCAUUCAACAAAACUCAUGCUUGACUUGGGGAAUCUGAUAAUACGAACGAAGAAUGACCAUGGAUCAGAGUCAGCUGAGAUCAUGAAUUUGUACCUGCAAUUUGAUAUGGUGCUGAGUGAUGUAUCUGCUUUCCUUGUGGAUGGUGAUUACUGCUGGGGUGAAGCCUCAUUGGGUGGGCAUCUUGGCUCUUCCAAGUUACCCGGUGAUGUUUUAUUGCCUGUUUUGGACAAAUGUGGUGUGGUUCUUAGGCUUCAACAGAUAAGGGUGGAAAACCCAUCAUAUCCAUCAACGAGGUUGGCUGUUCGGGUGCCGUCAUUGGGAUUUUAUUUUUCCCCAGCUCGCUACCAUCGUUUGAUGAAAGUAGUGAAAUCUUUUGUGGAGGAUGACGAUAAUGCUAACCGUUUGCUUCCGUGGACACAAGCUGAUUAUUCGGGUUGGCUGUAUCUUUUGACUUGGAAGGGAGUAGCAAACAGGGAGGCUGUUUGGCAGCGAAGAUACUUUUGUUUAGUUGGUCCAUUCCUUUACAUACUUGAAAAUCCAGACUCCAAAACCUACAAACAAUAUCUGAGUUUGAGAGGGAAACAUCUGCAUAAGGUGCCUGCAGAGAAUGUUGGUAAUGAGGAACAUAUACUUGCUAUCCUUGAUGCUACACGUGUCCAUGCUCUUGGCAAGGUUGUUGAGCAAGCAAAUGCAUUGAUCUUGCGAUUCGAGUCUGAUGAAUCUGAAAGCAUUUGGUAUACCCAACUACGGAAUGCUAUAUAUCGUGCAUCAAAUUCAGCUCAAAUCAGUACAUUUUCUGAAUCUUCAUCGGAUGCUGAAAGCUCGGAAUCUGAGGCUGUUGAACACAACGGUGUUGAUAAUGUUAUAAACAUGGAGAAAAUAUUUGUUACUGGUGUGUUAGAUGAAUUAAAAAUCUGCUUCAACUAUAACCAGGAGUAUGACGAGAGUUUUAUGAAGAUGUUACUAUCCGAAGAGAAGCAUUUGUUUGAAUUUCGAGCUGUUGGUGGUCAGGUGGAAAUUGCGAUUAAGGAUAAUGAUAUGUUCAUAGGAACUCUCUUGCAAUCCUUGGAGAUAGAAGAUUUAGUAUGUGGAGGAACUUCUCAACGUCAAUAUUUAGCCAGAUCAUUCAUACAGGGCCCUGAAAUUAGUAUGAUUUCUGAAGAAACUAGGCAGAGCAGUAAUGGUGAUUCGUCUGCUGAAGGUGAUGAUAAAUUCUACGAGGCUCCAGAGAAUCUGCCGGAUAAUGGCUUCACCAUCCCUGAAGUAUCAGCAUUUAUACCUCCCAGCUUUAGCAGGGUGCCUGGUCUUCUACCUGAUAGCUCCUUUCAAUCUAUAGCAGAGAAAUCUGGGCAAAAUGAUGAGUUGGGAAGUUUUGUUAAAGCUCAAAUAGUUAUAUAUGAUCAGAACUCUCCUUUCUAUAGUAAAACCGAUAAUAUGGUUGUGGUGACCCUUGCCACCUUAUCGUUUUUCUGCCGUAGGCCUACACUUGCUGCUGUUAUGGAUUUUGUGAGUGGUAUUAAUUUUGAAGAUGCAAGCUCUGUAUCUCUCAGUGACAGUUCACCAGCUGCCACUCAACAGCAUGAAAUUCCUGUUGAAGGUGAUGAUCCACAAAAUACAACUGUAGCUGCGCAGUCUGUUGCUGUAGGUCUCUUAGGAAAGGGAAAAUCCAGAAUUAUUUUUUAUUUAGUCUUGAAUAUGGCUCGUGCCCAGAUAGUUCUUUUGAAGGAGGAUGAAACUAAGCUCGCUACUUUGUCUCAGGAUAAUUUCCUUACUUAUAUUAAGGUAUUUCCAUCAUCAUUCAGUAUCAAAGCUUCCAUAGGUAAUCUGAGAAUAAGUGAUGACAGUCUUUCCCUGGAGCACUUUUAUUUUUGGGCCUGUGACAUGAGGAACCCAGGGGGAAGUUCAUUUGUGGAGAUAGAUUUCUCUUCGUAUGAUUCUGAUGAUGAUGAUUAUGAGGGGUAUGAUUAUAGUCUCUCUGGUCAACUUUCUGAAGUAAGGAUUGUGUUCUUGAAUCGCUUUAUUCAAGAGGUAGUUAGUUAUUUUGUGGGUCUUGCUCCCAACGCUUCUGCUGGCGUUGUCAAAUUGAGGGAUCAGGUUACUGAUUCUGAGAAGUGGUUUACUACCAGUGAAAUUGAGGGCUCACCUGCUAUGAAGCUCAAUUUAUCACUUACAAAGCCAAUUAUAAUAAUGCCUCGGAGAACGGACAGUCUCGAUUUCCUGAAGCUUGAUGUUGUACAUAUAACUGUCCAGAACACCUUCCAGUGGUUCAAUGGCAGUAAACAUGAGAUGAAUGCUGUUCAUAUGGAAAUAUUGACUGUGAUGGUUGAAGACAUCAAUUUGAAUGUUGGAACUGGAAAAGAAGUGGGUGAUAGCAUUAUUCAGGAUGUCAAUGGAUUGUCCAUUGUUCUUCGGCGAUCACUUCGAGAUUUGUUACAUCAAAUUCCAAGCACCGAAGCAACAAUAGAGAUGGAUGUACUGAAAGCUUCUUUAUCUAACAAAGAAUACCAGAUCAUUACAGAAUGUGCACAGUCUAAUUUAUCCGAGCCUCCAAAUAUUGUGCCUCCCUUGCAGUGGAAGAAAAAGAUGCCCUCCAUUGACAUGAUUGAGUCUGCUGCGACUUUCAAAUUAGGAUCUACUGAAGUUGAUUCUCAUACUAGGGAGGUCUGGAUCAGCUUGAAAGUCAUUGUUGCUAUUAAUUUAGUGGAAUUGAGCUUACAUUCAGGUGUUGCAAGAGAUGCACCAUUGGGAACCGUUCAGAUCAACACUGCAUGGCUUCUUUACAAGUCUACCACAGGCGGAGAAGAUUUUCUAUCUGUCACGCUCCAAAGUUUUAAUGUACUGGAUGAUCGUGAGAGUACUCAGGAACAGUUUAGACUAGCAAUUGGGCAGCCAAAAAGCAUUGAGUAUAGUUCUUUAGAGAAUGAAAUCAGGCAGAUAGAUGCUACGAUGCUUGUUGUUGAUGCGACACUGAGUGAAAAAUCAUCAUCUAUAUGUUUGUGUUUGCAAAGGCCUCAAUUGCUCGUUGCACUUGAUUUCCUGUUGGCCGUUAUUGAGUUUUUUGUCCCAACAGUUCGUGGCAUUUUGUCAAAUGAAGAGGAUGACAUGCCCAUGAGUUUAGUUGAUGCAAUCAUUUUGAAUGAUUCUACCUACACCCAACCUUCAUAUGAAUCUUCUAUCUCUCCAAAGACACCCCUUAUUAUUGAUAAUGAAAGAUUUGAUCAUUUUAUCUAUGAUGGCAAUGGUGGGACACUAUUGCUGAAAGAUAGACAAGGUUCUGUUAUUUCAUCUUCCAGUACAGAAGCAUUAAUAUAUGUGGGAAAUGGGAAAAGACUGCAAUUCAAAAAUGUUGUCGUUAAGGAUGGACGUUAUUUGGACUCUUGCAUUGUAUUAGGAGAUAAUAGUAGUUAUUCGGUGUCUGAGGAUGAUCACGUUGCUUUGGAGUAUGAAGAUGAACCUUUAAAGGAUUCUUCUGGGACUUUUCAAGUUACAGAGAACCAAAAUACUGAUAAUGGCGAACCUCCAGAAUACAUAAUUGAGUUGCAGGCAAUUAGUCCAGAGCUCACUUUUUAUAGCUCAUCGAAAGAUGUGGGAAAUUCGGCAAGUUUAUCCAACAAAUUGUUGUAUGCGGAGCUGGAUGCAUUCUCCAGGAUUGUGUUAAAGGGUGAAACCAUGGAAAUGACUGCAAAUGCACUUGGAUUGACAAUGGAAAGCAAUGGAGUCAGAAUUUUGGAGCCAUUUGAUACAUCUGUCAAGUUUUCAAAAGUUGCUGGAGAGACAAACAUACAUCUCUCAUCUUCUGAUAUAUUCAUGAAUUUUUCCUUCAGCAUCUUGCGUCUUUUUUUGGCUGUUGAAGAAGAUAUUUUGUCCUUCUUAAGAAUGACGUCAAGGAAGAUGACUGUCAGUUGUUCUGAGUUUGACAAAGUAGCAGUUAUGGAAUACCCGAAGAAUGACCUCAUUUUUGCCUUUUGGAGGCCUCGUGCACCCCCUGGAUUUGUUGUCCUCGGUGACUAUAUGACUCCACUAGACAAGCCACCUACCAAAGCGGUUCUUGCAGUAAAUAAGAACCUUGUAAGACUCAAGAGACCUGAGUCGUUCAAGUUGAUAUGGCCACAAACUGAUGUCUCUGACUCCGAAGGCAUCAACAGACUGCCAUCUAUUCUUCAGGAGGGCAACGUAAGCUGUUCAAUUUGGUAUCCUGUGGCCCCAGAAGGUUAUAUUGCUCUGGGCUGUGUGGUUUCUUCUGGAACAGCACCUCCUCCGUUGUCGUCUUCGUAUUGUAUCUUGGCUUCUUUGGUUUCUUCUUGUCCAUUAAGGGAUUGUGUUGUGAUUGGAGCAAGCAAUGAGUCCUCAAUGGCUUUGCCCUUCUGGCGUGUGGAUAAUUCUGUUGGCACAUUCUUACCAACAGAUCCUAAUUCAUUGAAGCUGGUUGGUGGAGCAUAUGACUUGCGACAUAUUUUCUUUGGGAUAUCAGAGUUCUCACAAGAUGUUCCUAAGAGUAAGCCUCAUCAUGCCUCACCGCGUGAUGGACCCCUCCCUGUGGAGCCGUCAAUUGGAAAUUCUGGUCGGCGUUUUGAGACUGUGACGCUCUUUGAUCUGGUGUGGAGCAAUCAAGGUUCCAGUUCAAAGAAAAAACUAUCAAUAUGGCGUCCAGUGGUCCCACAAGGGAUGGUAUUCUUUGGCGAUAUUGCAGUUAAAGGGUUUGAACGUCCAAAUGCUUGUGUUGUUGCUGAAGACAUUGGUGAUGAAAUUUUCAAAUUACCUAUAGGAUACCAAAUGGUUGGUAGAAUUAAGAAGCAACGGGGAGUAGAUCCUAUGUUAUUUUGGUUGCCUCAAGCUCCGCCUGGUUAUGUUCCUCUGGGAUGUAUUUCCUGUAAAGGCUCGCCCAAGGAUUAUGAUUUUAGUGGCUCAUUGCGAUGCAUACGGAGUGACAUGGUUGUUGGGGAUCAAUAUUCGGAAGAAAGCUUGUGGGAUACAUAUGAUGCUGGUCUUAGAGCAGAACCAUUUAGCAUAUGGGCAGUUGGUGGCGACUUUGGAACUUUUCAGGUGCGGAGUGGAAACAAGAGGCCUUCCAAAAGAUAUGCAGUGAAGCUUGCUCAUAAAUAUGUAACAGAUGGCAAGGAAGAUACAGUCAUCGAUGCAGAAAUUAGAACGUUUUCUGUUGCAUGCUUUGAUGACUAUGGUGGCUUGAUGGUUCCGUUGUUUAAUGUGUCCUUGAGUGGUAUUGGGUUCAAAUUACAAGGAAGGCCUGACUACCUAAUCUCCAAUGUAAAUUUCUCUCUUUCGGUGAGGUCAUACAAUGACAAAUACGAGUCUUGGGAGCCUGUGGUAGAGGCAGCUGAUGGGUUUUUGAGGUAUCAGUAUGAUAUGUCUUCUCCUGUUGCUGCUUCACAGUUACGACUCACUUCAACCAAAGAUCUUAAUGUGAAUGUUUCUAGUUCUAACAUAAAUAUGAUUCUCCAAGCUUAUGCAAGCUGGAAUAGCCUCAGUGAAAUCCAAGAGUCCUGCGUUACUAGAGAAAUUGUUUCUCUAACUCAUAAGGAUACAUCAAUUGAUAGUGUGCAUCAUAAAAGAAAUUAUUUCAUCAUUCCACAAAACAAGCUCGGCCAGGACAUUUUCAUCCGAGUUACUGACAUUAAUGAGCUUUCAAGUGUAUUCAUGAUGCCGUCAGUGGAUCUGAAGCCUCUUAAAGUUCCCGUGCUGAAAAAUAUGCUGGAUUCUCACUUCCGAGGGAAUAUUGGCCAGAAUAUCCGUACAAUGGUGACGUUGAUGAUUGCAGAAGCACAGUUUAAAAAGUUGGAUGGUCUAUCUUCUCGUCAGUAUGCUGUAUCAAUACGCCUUAGUCCAGAACCUAUUCUGUCAGAUGCUACAGCAUUAAAUCAGCUGCAAAGUGUUCGUACAUGUGGGCGUUGCUCUGAGUCUAGCAGUUCUUUGAAGCUCGAAUGUGUUAAAUGGAGAGAAGUUUUCUUCUUUAAAGUUGAUUCUCCGGAAAACUACCAGUUGGAGCUUAUUAUGACUGACAUUGGAAAAGGUGAUUUGGUUGGAUUUUACUCAGCUCCAUUGAAGCAGAUAGCAACAAUGAAAACUGCUGAUUCUCAUGAUGAUGGCAAUGAAUGGAAAUGGAUUGAUCUAUUUCCUCCAGAAUCAAAGAUGCUGUCUAAGGGAGAUACUUCAAAGGGAACACAAGGAAGAUUAAGAGUUUCUGUUCAUUUUGCAUCAAAAUUGGAAGUUGAAAACAAGCAGUCAUUUGCUGAUGGCAGGAAGCCUGGGUUAAUCCAGAUUAGUCCUACCAGGGAAGGACCUUGGACUACUGUGAGGUUGAAUUAUGCGGCUCCUGCUGCUUGUUGGAGAUUAGGCAAUGAUGUUGUUGCAAGUGAAGUUAGUGUUCGGAAUGGCAAUAGAUACGUAAAUAUUAGAUCCCUAGCGUCAGUACGUAAUGAUACUGAUUUCACACUUGAUUUGUGCCUGAAAGCCAAGGCCCCAUUUGAGUCCAAGAGACCAUUGAAUAAUCCAUGGACAGCUAACAAGUCAAAAUUGAAUGAUGAAAAGAUUGAAACAGUGGAAUUUUUUGAAAUAGAAAGAUACAUACCUGAUGUUGGUUGGGUUUGUUGCUCUGGAAAACCUGAUAAUAGUCUAUCAGCUAGUGGAGGGCCUGACAAGACCUUUAAUAUGCAGAUAGUUUCUGGGGAAGAGCCGUCAUUUGACUGGGUAUGGGCUGAUGAUUGGCAUCUUGAUAAAGCGUCAGUGUGCACUGCUGGUGGAUGGGUUUAUGCUCCAGAUGAAGAAAGUCUUAAGUGGCCAGAGUCUUAUGAUGCUGGAAGUUACGUGAAUCAUGCUCGGCAACGAAAAUGGAUACGAAACAGGAAACUGAUCGCAAGUGAUGCACAACAACAUGUAUCCAUUGGUCUACUUAAGCCUGGUGACUCUGCGCCCCUUCCACUUGCAUGCUUAACGCAUGCUGGAUCUUUUUCUUUGCUUCUACGACCUUUAAAUUUUGGUAUUCCAGAUAGAUAUGCUUGGAGUAAAGUCGUUGAAUACCCUGCUCAAUUACAAGGUUCUAGCAAAUCACAAGAAGAACCUGAGAUUUGUGUAUCUGACCUAGAGGAAUCUGAAAAAUUGUUGCACUGUGAACAUAAUUCUCCAACCUCCUCCAGUAGCACCGUUGGCUCCAGUGGAAUUUGGUUUUGCUUGAGUGUGCUGGCUACUGAUAUUGCAAAAGAUAUCCGUUCUGAUCCCAUCCAGGAUUGGACUCUUGUGGUUAAAUCUCCUUUAACUAUUGCUAAUUAUCUUCCCUUGAGGGUCGAGUAUUCAGUUUUUGAAAUGCAAUCGAGUGGUCACUUUGUGAAUCGUUCUAGAGGCAUUUUUUCUCCUGGAAAAGCUGUAAAUGUUUAUGCUGCUGAUGUUACAAAAGGCUUAUUCUUAUCACUGUUUCCACAAAAAGGGUGGCUGCCAAUGCAUGAAGCUGUUCCCAUAUCUCAGCCUAGUGGAGUGUCAUCUACAACGUUGAACUUAAAAAAUCUAAUUUCCGGAAGGAUGGUCCAAGUUGUUCUGGAGCAAUUUCAUGACAAGGAACAGCCGGCAAUGCCAAAGGCUGUCCGAAUAUAUGCCCCAUUUUGGUUUGCUGUUUCCAGGUGUCCUCCUCUGACUUUUAGGCUAGUUGACAGAAAGGUAGAAAAAGCAUCUUCACCAUUGAAGUCAAGAAAUAACAAUCCAGAAACAAGUGGGCAUAUAAUAGAAGAAGAACUCCAGGAGGGUUUCACUAUUACUUCAUCGCUGAACUUCAAAUCAGUGGGAUUACAAGCAUCUAUUGCCCCUACUGGAGAAAAUUCAUUUGGACCUGUUAAAGAUCUUUCUCCACUCAGUGAUAUGGAUGGAUCACUGGAUCUGUCAGCUAUUGAUUCUGAUGGUAAUUGUAUUCGAUUGUUCAUCACCACUAAACCGUGCCCUUACCAAACCAUUCCCACGAAGGUAGUCUCCAUUAGACCAUACAUGACAUUCACUAACAGAACAGGUCAGGAUGUAUUUAUAAAAUUGAGCAGCCAUGAUGAGGCAAAGAUCUUAAGGGCAUCGGAUUCAAGAGUGAGCUUCCUUUAUCGAGAAACAAGUGAUAGUAACAAACUCCAGGUACGCCUAGGAAAUACCAAAUGGUCAUUUCCUAUUGAAAUCCUUAAGGAAGACACACUCUCCCUUGUUUUACGAAAGGAAUGCGGUGAACGGAUAUUUGUAAGGAUGGAAAUUCGCGGCAAUGAGGAAGGAUCACGGUUCAUUGUUGUUUUUCGUCUAUGCUCAAGAACUCCCAUCAGGAUUGAAAAUAGAACAAGGAAGAAAAUUAGCAUUUGCCAGAGUGGAUUUGGUGAUGAUCAUUUGAUCCAUUUGACACCUCUGUCUACAACAAAUUUCGCUUGGGAUGAUCCAUAUGGUCAUAAAUGUUUUGAUGCUAGUAUUUAUAGUGACAAUAGUGUGAGCACCUUAACACUCAACUUGGAAAGUGCUUCCAUGUGCUCACUAGAAGGAGCAGGAGUGCAGUUUCAACUGAUGGACACUGGUAAUAUCACAGUCGCUCGAUUCACAGAGGAGCAGCCAUCCAGGUUGAAUGCACAAGGAGAUGACCAGGCAAUGAUUGAUGAUGAGGAGAGUGUUCAGAUGCAGAAAAAAAUGCGAAAUAGUGUUCCACCAUUUGAACUCACUGUUGAGCUUGGGGUCCUUGGUCUUUCUGUUAUCGAUCACAGACCUAAAGAACUUUCCUAUUUAUUCUUGGAGAGGGUUUAUGUAGCAUAUUCCACUGGCUGUGAUGAUGGGACUACAAACAAGUUCAAGAUGAGCUUGGGUCAUUUGCAGCUUGACAAUCAGCUUCCCUUGACAUCGAUGCCUGUAUUAUUGGCACCUGAGCAUAUUGGUCAGCAACCAGUAUUCAAAAUAACCCUGACCGUCUUAAAUGAGAAUACUGAUGGCAUCCAAGUAUAUCCAGAAGUGUACAUAAGGGUAACCGAGAACUGGUGGAGGCUAAAUAUUCAUGAACCAAUUAUUUGGGCUGCAAUGGAUUUCUACAAUAAGCUACGGCUUGAUCGUCUUCCGGAAAAUCCAAAUGUCACACAAGUUGAUCCAGAGAUACGUAUUGACCUCAUAGAUGUUUCAGAAGUAAGAUUGAAAGUCGCACUGGAAACAGCACCAGCUCAAAGACCACAUGGUGUGCUGGGAGUAUGGAGCCCCUUAUUGUCAGCCAUUGGCAGUGCAUUUAAAAUUCAGAUUCACUUACGGAAGGUUAUGCACAGGGACAGAUUCAUGCGAAAAAGUGCUGUGGUUCCUGCCAUUACGAAUCGGAUCUGGAGGGACUUAAUACACAAUCCUCUGCAUUUAAUCCUCUCAGUGGAUGUACUUGGCAUGACAAGAUCUACAUUAGCCUCCCUAAGCAAAGGUUUUGCUGAGCUUUCUACAGAUGGACAGUUCCUGCAGUUACGUUCCAAGCAGGUUUGGUCUAGAAAAAUAACAGGCGUAGGUGAUGGAAUUAUCCAAGGAACUGAAGCUCUGGCGCAAGGUUUUGCAUUUGGUGUGUCAGGAGUAGUCAGGAAACCUGUUGAGAGUGCUAGGCAGAAUGGCGUUCUAGGACUUGCUCAUGGGCUCGGGCGAGCUUUCGUGGGAUUUAUAGUCCAACCAAUGAGUGGUGCAUUAGAUUUCCUUUCAUUGACUGUUGAUGGAAUUGGUGCAAGUUGUGCCAGAUGCUUUGAAGUUUUAAACAAUAGAACCUCCCUCCAAAGGGUCCGUAAUCCACGAGCUAUACAUGCAGAUGGUAUUCUUCGAGAAUACAAUGAAAGAGAAGCUCUUGGACAGAUGAUUCUAUGGCUUGCAGAAGCAAGUCAUAAUUUGGGAUGCACGAAAAUCUUCAAAGAACCCUCCAAAUUCGCCUUGUCUGAUUACUAUGAAGCUCAUUUCAUGUUGCCUCCGCAAAGGAUUUUGUUGGUUUCAAACAGAAGGGUUAUGCUUCUUCAGUUUAAAGCUUCAGAAAAUAUGGACAAAAGACCUAGCAAGAUUAUGUGGGAUGUGCCAUGGGAAGAGCUAUUGUCUCUUGAGUUGGCCAAACCUGGAAGACUUCAACCUUCUCAUUUGAUUUUUCAUCUUAAAACUUUCAAGAGAUCUGAGCCAUUUGUUCGGGUUAUAAAAUGCAAGCCCGAGGAAGAAUCAGAAGGCGGAGAACCUCUGGCAGUUAAAAUUUGCUCGACAGUGAGGACGAUGUGGAAAGCCUAUCAAUCUGAUUUGAAAAGUUUAGCUUUAAAGGUACCUUCAAGCCAGAAACGUGUGUACUUCUCUUGGGCUGAAGCUGAUAAGAGAGAUAUGCAGAGCCAGACUAAAGCUAUUGUUAUGUCUAGGGAAGCAUCAUCAUCUAGUUGUGUAUCCCAUGAAAGGAGGUUUGUGGAACACAGCGUCAACUUUGAUAAGAUUUGGAGUAGUGAACAAGAAUCUAAAAGCAGAUGCACACUGUGUAGAAAGAAGGCUAUUGAGGAUCAUGGCAUAUGCAGCAUCUGGAGACCAGCUUGUCCUUCUGGGUACUUGUCCAUUGGUGACAUAGCUCAUGUUGGUGGUCACCCACCCAGUGUUGCCACUGUCUAUCUUUAUGAUGACCAAUUGUUUGCACUUCCUCUGGGAUUUGACCUGGUAUGGAGGAACUGUGCAGACGAUUAUGUAACUCCAGUAUCUAUAUGGCUUCCACGGGCUCCAGAAGGAUUUGUAUCUCUAGGAUGCGUGGCUAUGCCAGGGUUUAAUGAGCCUGAGACCAAUGUAGUUUAUUGUGUGGCAGAAUCAUUAGUUGAAGAUGCAGAAUUUGAAGGGGAAAAGAUUUGGUCUGCACCGGAUUCAUAUCCAUGGGCAUGUCACUUGUAUCAGGUGCAGAGUGCUGCUCUUCAGUUUGUAGCUUUAAGACAGCCUAGGGAAGAGUCUGGAUGGAUACCAAAAAAGGUGCGCGAGGAUACGGCUUCUUCAUCACACUCAUCUGAGACUUAAGGAGUUGACGUAAUUCUAUUUGAAAUGUUGAUCUGAAAAUAAUUUUUCAGUUUUACCCCUCUAUUGAUUCUUUUAUUGUACAUGUGAUAUAUUGGCCGGAGUCAUUGUCCAUAGCAAAUUUUGUCCACGUAGAAAUUAUGGAGUAAUGUUUAAAGCUGCAAAAAAAAUGUGUGAUAAACUUUUAUAAAUACGUGAGGGGUUGCUUUUGUAAAUCAAUUUUAUGAGUAUAAAACAAUACAUACAUACAUCAAUAAAUGUAUGGAACACACUUUGGUCAAUCCAAAGUGCUACAUAUACACUGUAUAUUUGAUAUUUCGUAUUUGUAUAUCAUGUGGCAACUAUAUGAUUCAGCUUUCUAAA